GUGGAGGAGUUCAAUGAAGAAAAUGGGGACGAAGGUGCAACCCAUUUUGAGUUUAUGACAUAAAACAUAAAUUGCACUAGAAUGAAUCAUAUAAAUAAUACAUCGCCCAUGACCCUUCAAGGAUUCUCAGUAUCAGAUAAUUAAGCUAGGAUGCCCGACCCAUGUCUUCUAUAAUUUCUUCUAGACAUAUUUAUUGAAUCCCAUGCCUCAUCCGGAAGAAAACUAAUUAGCAUAAGUACCAGCUCAACCUCUAUAUGCAUGCUUCCAAGUCAAAAAAUGCAUAAAUAGUCCUUCUAUACAGCAUUGUCUUAACCUGACAAGAACUAUUACAAUCGCAACAUGGUGAUAUUUGGUUACCUUGGAUCCAUCCUGGUCCUGGCCUUCGUUUCCUUCAUUUUCUUCUUCUUUAAAUGCUGGCUUAGAAACCCAAAUAACGGCCUUCCAUGGAAUUGGCCACUCUUCGGGAUGAUACCUACAUUGUUGUUCAACCUCCACCGGUUCCCAGACCGAGUUACUGAGAUUCUAGAGAGAAGCAAAGGUACAUUCUUACUCAAAGGUGUCUCAUACUGUAACAUGGAUAUGUUAUUCACUUGUGAUCCCACCAAUGUGCACCACAUAAGCAGCACAAAUUUCUGGAAUUAUUGCAAAGGCCCCGAAAACAGAGAGUUUUUUGACUUUCUAGGAAAUAGCAUCUUCAAUAGGGAUUUUGAAGAAUGGAGUCAUUAUAGAAGGUAUGUCCAUUCUUAUGUCAACCAUAAAGAUUUUCAUCAAUUCCUGCCAAAGAUCAUCGCUGCUGGCGUAACUGAAGGCUUAAUUCCUGUUCUUGAUCAUGUAUCAAAGCAAGGCCAAGUGGUGAACUUCCAAGAUAUGUUCAAAAGGUUUGUGUACGAUAUUGCUUGGAUGAUGUCUACUGGAUAUAACCCUAAGAGCUGUUCCAUCGGAUUCCCAGAGAAUCUAUUUUUGAAGGCUAUAGAUGAUGCAUGUGAAGCAAUAUUUUCUCGUCAUCUCUUGCCAGGAUAUGCAUGGAGGUUGCAGCGGCGGCUAGGGAUAGGGAAAGAGAAGAAAUUAAGCAAUGCUCAGAAAAUCACAAAUCAAAUUGCAUCAAAAUAUAUAUCAAUGAAGCGAGAAGACUUGAGCAAACAAUCAGAACACAAAGCAGAUGAAGAAGGCUUUGAUGCACUAUGGUGUUUCCUCACAGAUCAUGAGGUUGCUGGCUCACAGAGUGAGGAAUUUAUAACAUUCAGUACUUUAGGUUUCGCGUUUGCAGCCUACGACACAUCUAGUGCAACUCUGGCUUGGUUCUUUUGGCGACUUUCCAAGAAUCCAACCGUGGAAGCUAAAAUCAGAGAAGAGCUUCACAACAAUUUUUCACUGAAAGGAGCUAAGAGCUUGAAAACAAUAUUCAGCAAGGAAGAGUUGACUAACUUAGUUUAUCUCCAUGCGGCUUUGUGUGAAACACUAAGGCUGCAUCCAACAGCCCCCUUUAACCGAAGGAAUCCAGUUAAAGCAGAUAUUCUUCCAAGCGGCCAUCAUGUCACUCCAGAAACAAAAGUUUUGUUGUCAGCAUAUGCAAUGGGAAGGAUGACUUCCUUAUGGGGAGAAGAUUGCCAUGAAUUCAAGCCAGAGAGAUGGAUCAAUGAGAAAGGUACAAUUAAAUAUGAGACAACUCGCAAGUUUUUCUCUUUUGGCGCAGGACCAAGGAUUUGUCCAGGGAAGGAUGUGGCUAUGACUGUAUUGAAGACUGCUGCAGCAACCAUAAUUUAUAACUACUUUGUUGAAGUGGUGGAAACCCACCCUGUGAUUCCAAAAGCUAGCAUUCUUCAUGAGAUGAAGCAUGGCUUGAGGGCUAGGAUUAGAAGCAGGUGGGCUGAUUAAGUGGUGCUAUAUUGGGGUGGU